ACUACUAGGCCCGUUGCCGGUGGUUACCAGGCUGUCAUAAUUCUUCAGGCCCUCAAUGGGCACCUCCAGCUGGGCUGGGAAAAAACCAAUCAGGCCAGUGACAUGUCUGAAAUUUUUUUGAGGAUCUGUGACAGGGGCCCUUGCCAUAAGGCCACCCAGAAGCCAAAGAACCUGAUGGCCCGAGAAGGGGGCACCGCAGAAGACAUGACCUCGGCCCCACUCCAGCCCCUGCUCCGUCAGAACAGCGUGCUUCUAUCAACACCUCCAACCCAAAAUCCAGCAAAAGCGGAACCUGAGAGAAUGACAAAAGGCCAGAAGGGACCUUCAGCGCUGAGUCGGAAAGAAAACCCACUGAAUAAGGAAACUGCUGUCCACACCCGGAAGGGUCUGAACCUAGUAUGGAAGAGAGUGUGCUGUGGGGAUGAAUCAGAGAGGGGCCGAGUGAUACGUCCGGAAAAUAAUGCGAUGGGGAAAGCCAACCGUCCCUGGGGGACCAUCCCCAAAGGCUUUGGGGGUUGUGUCCCCCAACCUCCUUGUUCUUACGAUAAGCAACUGGCAAGAAUGUCUAAAAGCCUGGUGGCGAAGCCAGGGGGCCUAAUCCACGCACCCCAUAUGCAAGCCAAAGGAGACCAAGCGGGGGUGCCCACCAGGGCCCCCCCUGGCACGUUCAGGACAGGAGUUGUAGGGUUGAGAAGAAGCAAAAAGCCGCCUCGCCAGACCUCCUUCUUCAAAGGGACUGCCUUAGCUGUUGCACAUGGAAACAUGGAUGUCAAAAGGAAGAGCAACCAUAAAUUUGCCAGGCCGCCAUCUCCCAGUCUGGAUGUCCUGGAGCUUGGGGACUUGAUUGAAAUAUUCCGCUUUGGAUACCAGCACUGGGCCAUCUACGUGGGGAACGGCUUUGUGAUUCACCUGGCUCCACCAUCUGAAUAUGCAGGUGCAGGCUGCGCUAGCAUCAUGUCCACCCUAACUGACAAGGCGCUGGUGAAGAAGGAGCUGCUACAGGAGGUGGCAGGGAAGCACCGCUACCGGGUGAAUAACAAGCACGACACAAAGUUCCCGCCACUGCCCAGGACCAAGAUCGUCCAGCGGGCCGAGGAGAUGGUGGGCCAAAUGCUGCAGUACAAAGUCACCAGCGAAAACUGCGAACACUUCGUCACCGAGCUGCGCUAUGGUGUGCCCAGGAGUGAUCAGGUCCGAGAUGCCCUGGUGGGGGUUAGCAUUGCAGGGCUGGGUUUGGCUGCCCUGGGACUCUUUGGUGCCGCCGUGGUCAAGAGGAAGAAACAACAGAACCAAUAACAGAACCAAUAACAGAGACUCUGAGAUUUC